CCUAGCUAGAGAGGGCCUGUCCAGAGAGUGUCCAGCCAGCAAGCGCCAAACAGUCAGAGUGGACCAGCAGCCCUUUGGACCCGAAGCUGAAGCUGCAGGGCCAGGGCAUAGGCCAUGCUCCGAGGUACGCCAGGACUAGGCCUCAGGGGCCUGAAACGGAGUGAGGGUUCUGUGGAGGACUUGGGGCGCUCUUGCCCCGAGGCUGGCAGGAAUUUUGGAGUGCUGAGGCGCAGCCUGGACGAGGCAGAGGAGGCGGCAGGCCGAAGGCGCGAGCGGCCGGCACGGUCCAAGGCUCGGCGCAUGGCGGCCAACGUGCGGGAGCGCAAGCGCAUCCUGGAUUACAACGAGGCGUUUAACGCGCUGCGCCGGGCGCUGCAGCACGACCUGGGCGGCAAGAGGCUCUCCAAGAUCGCCACGCUGCGCAGAGCCAUCCACCGCAUCACUGCGCUCUCCCUGGUCCUGCGCGCCAGCCCGGCGCCCCGCUGGCCCUGCGGCCACCUGGAGUGUCACGGCCAGGCUGCUCACGGCUCAGGUGCCGGGGACUCCGGCUUCAGUGCUCCUCGGUCCGCGCCGCCGCCCGCAGCGCCUGGUCUCGCGCGCAGGGAUGUCACCAGCUCCUUCGUGCCGCCUGCACCGCGCUGCGCUUCGUGCUCCCCGCACGCGCACUUGGGGCGGCCCAGAGUGAUGGCCGAAGGGUCCAUUUUGGCCCAGGCCUCCGGGGGAAGCUGGCGCCGAUGCCCCGGGGCUCCCCCUGUUGGACCGAUUCCGUGGCGGUGGGGCUCCGGGAUGGGCUACCAGCACUCCUGACCCGGCGGCGGCGGCCACCGAGAGGGGAACCAGGUUGAUGGAAUGAUGACUGCAAAAGAGAAGACUGCAAAAGUCAUCCUGGACACAGCAAAACUGAAUGGGUUGCGUCUUGAGUGGCAGAGGAGGCUGCCUUACCAGUGGGAAGGAACUCGGGGAACCGGGACAGCCUCCCAGCCUUGGUUGCUGAAAAAGGAGUGAGAUCUUAGAUUUGGACUUGGUCAACCUUUUCUUCCUGGAAAAUGGCCUUUGCUUUCCUGUGCUUCUGAGCCCUUGUUUCUCUCGCCGCAUCUGGACAGUGGGACUUGUGGGGGUUUGUGGGUAGACAGCUGCUGUGAUCUGAGGGCACAUGCUGUGGCCUUUUUACUAUGUUUGGGGGCGCUGCUGAUCUGAGAGGUUCGGAAAAUGACCAAAUAAAAAGGGAAAGUGUCUUGUC